GAGAUUUUAAGUUUAACUCCUCCUGUUAUAGAAUAUCGACAUCUUAAAAAGGGUAUCUGCACAACAAAAUCUUCAACAGCACGACAUCCAGACAAAGUAUACCAAUGGCAAGAAUUUUUAAAAAAAGUUUCAUCAUUUAAACUUGAUGUUAAAGGUAAAAAAUAUGAACCACCACAGUUCCUAAAAUUUGACAGGAUAUCUGAUGAAGAUUGUGUUCGUGAGGCCUUAAAUAUAAACAUACUCAAACUGCUUGAUUUAGAAUAUGCUCACCAUACUGCAUUUCCAUCUGUGAUUGGUGAACCGGAUUUUGUAUGUUACCAGAUAAACAGGAAUAUUAAUCUCUCUCAAAUCCUUUUGGUGAUUGAAGUUAAAACAAGAUGGGUUCUUUCAUUGAACAAUGAGAAUCUUGCAGACAAAUAUACAAGAGGUUUGGGUGAAAUGGUUUCUGAAGAACCAUCUGAUGUGACUAAUAGUGUUGAACAAAUAUAUGGAUACAUGGUUGUAAAUAAAUUACAAUUUGGGAUUUUGACAACUUACAACCAAACAUGGUUUAUGAGACGAGAUGCAAACAUCCUUUACAUAAGUGAUACUCUUAACAUUGGAGAUCAACCUACACUGUUACAAGCUUUUGCUUAUAUACAGUCUCUUGCACAUGAAAAUCCAACUGCUUCAACUCCUCCUUCAACUCCAUCAUUGUCAUCAGAGUAUGGUUCUACAGAUUCUGAGGAGGAUCCAAAGUUCGAAUCAGAUUCUGAUUAUGAACCAUCAAACACUAGUUUAAACAACACAUGA